CGUUGUGCGUACACAAUCGCAAUUAAAGUAAAUUAAAAUUAAAUAAGAACUGCACUACAUUUUGCUACACAGCUAAGUUAAUUUAAAACAAAACUAACCGAAAAAAUGAAAUUCUACGUGUGUGUUGUUGCUGUUUUUGCUGUUGCUUUCGCCAGCCUGUGCUUUGUGAGUGAAGCAGUGGUGGCACGCGCCCAAUACAAAAACUCAGCUUACCCCGGCAAAUGUGUCAUCUCCGAAGAUUUGAUUCUGUCACCUGGUCAAACCGGUAAGGCACCCAACAAUCCCUGCGCCAGCAUCAAGUGCCUGGACGAUGGAAAUGUCGAGUUCAGAACCUGUCCUGCUGUGGCGCCACCCAAAGGCUGCAAGCAACGCGACUUCGUCAACGCCAAACGUCCCUACCCGGAUUGCUGUGAACGCGCCUACGAUUGCACGCGUAGCUUUUAAGUGAAUAAUGCGUCGUGCGCGUAAGCGAACGACAAAGCGGAGAAAAAGGGAGAAACGAAGCGAUAUAACAACUCAGAAAUACCCAUCAGUAACCACAUAGAUACGUCGCCGCCAUUAAGCCCAUCCACACCAGCAUUAACCACUUUGUCAGCAUUAUAGCCAAUAAAAGCGUCACGAUCAUUCGACACCACCGUCAUUACCACUAUCAUCCUCAGCAUCUCGGCAUCUCAGCGGUAUCAUUUUAAUCAUCGGCAAUUACAUAGUGCCAUCAUAGCCAUUUGCUUCCUCAUUGCCGUUGUGAGGUGUGAGUCAAGCCACAAACACGCCCCGCAUUGUUCGGCGCCAGCACACUUGACACAUGCGCACACGUUCACCCGCACACACCCAUACAGCCAUACACCCAUACAUACAUACUCGUAUAUGCAUUCAGCACAUUUAAGCUCAUCUCAAAGUACAACGCAUACUAAGACGGCUGCUGGCUUCAACUGAUCUGCACUGAUCUUGUCGGCCUGCAGCCCAGCCUAGUUCAGCACCGGCUGGCUAGCGAACCAGCAUAACCCUGCCAUUCUUUUCUGGUGACUUCCAUGGCUUCCGUGUAACCGCAACGCCGUCAGUCACUUUAGUAUACCAAAUUUAUGAACUUGUGAAAAUCAUUUUACUUGUUUUUUGUUUUUUUUUUUUGGUGUUUUUGUUAACCACCUAGACUAGACUAUUAAUUACUGCCGCACUCAUAUUACACUUUUUUUGUUUUUGUUUAAUGUUCGCAUUCAUAAUUUGUUAGUUUUUAUUUUUGCGCUGUUAAGUUGUUUAAAUUUUUAUUUUACUUUUUUGGUUUUUUGUUCACAUCAUUUUUUAUGAAAUUUUUCUCAU